AUGCGUUUUUUUAUUCUGUCUUAUAUUUUGUGGCUGGUGGAGGUUUAUGCUAUCGCCUUUUGUGUCGUUUCUCUCAACUGUGAAUUGAUGAUUGUAAAGUUUGAUGUUCUUUUUUUUUUUUUUUUUUCAUUUCUUUAUUUCCGCUUUUUGUUGUUGUUGUUGUGUGUCUGUGUGUUUGCUCGUUGGGUUAAAAAAACUCAUCAGGAUACCUGCGUGCGGCAUAACACACUUCCACCACCAAUGGCUCGACCACCAAAUGUGGAUUAUCUCUCAGAUCGCUUCCGGGAAAUGUCAUUGAAUCGCGACCGUUUACUGAAUGACGGGAAGAGAACUGAGUAUAACUUGGAAGGGCAUCAGCAGGCAUUCAACUUCAAAAAGAAGGUGGUGGAUUCGACGCAUACUGCCCGUAAUCCGACGUACUUAAACCCCGGCCGUUCAUUCCCUGAAAGGCUGUCAGGGAGAUGUGGAGAUGUUGUGAGUGACGAUGAUCGUCUUCCGUCGUCAUGUACGCAUUCCUUUUCGCCAUUUAGGAAAAAUCCCACAAAUGAAAGGGGGAAAGGUGGGAAUAAUUGCAGACCAAAUUGCCGCUGGAUUACAUUGCCAAGCGACGAGGAUCAAAGCCGCGACUCAACUUUUGGUGCCCGCAGACGUUCUCAGCCUGGUGUCACCUGGUCCUCCGCUUCCUCCAACUCCUUCUCGCAGGUCCAACCCAGUUUAAAUCUUAUUGCACUUGUCAAUGAUGUGGCACGUCGUCGCGGAGUCGGUUCACCAGCAAUUCCCCCGGAAGUGAUUAUUGCUUUUGAAAACUGCGUAUGUAAUGGAACCUCCAUGUUGAAAUUUGUUUCCCAUGACGCCCCGCACGAACGUUUUUUUAUGAUCAAGUUUCUUGAUUUCAAGGUGCAUGGAGGUGAGGCUGAACCGGUGCUUUGCUGGUACACAAAAUCGCGGAGUUCUACUAUGCGACACUAUUUGCCUUUAGCAAAUCUUGUUGAAGUGAUUGAUGGUGGCGAUGGCCAUCCGGCGGUCCAGAAACGUAUGGUGAGACCGGGUGUGAUUAAGGGAUCUGCUGUUAACUUGAACGCGAAUUAUAUGGGAGCAGAUAACAUUCUCCAAUGGCGUUUUAGUUCCUCUAAAGAUGAGGAAAAAAUAGUGGCUGUAAAAUUACUGUGCAAGAAGUCUUACGUCGCGUGGCGUAUAGUUACUGAUUUCUUUAGUAAGAUUGGUUCUGUUUUGAUGCCGCUAAUGUAA